AUGACACAGGCACUGGCCCCUCAAGCCAUUUCAAGCUUCGCAGCGUGGCGCGAAGCACAACAAGCCGCGGUGGAACGCGCUCUCUCCAGCUGGGUGCCGGCCCAGGCGCCCGCCGGGUUGGGCGAGGCCAUGCGCUACGCCGUGCUCGACGGUGGCAAACGCUUGCGCCCCUUGCUUGCUCUGGCCACAUGCGAGGCCGUGGGUGGCCACACCGCCGCCGCGAUGCGGGCCGCCUGCGCGGUCGAACUGAUCCACGCCUAUUCGCUGGUGCACGACGACAUGCCCUGCAUGGACGACGAUGUGCUGCGCCGGGGCAAGCCCACGGUGCAUGUGCAGUUUGGUGAAGCGCAGGCUCUGCUCGCGG